AUGGAGACUGGAAAUUUCAGCAUCAAUGCGGAAGAUCUAUCAACGAUCGGCGGCAUAGCCACCGUGUCCUUGCUCCACUCCUUCAUUCCGACUCAUUGGCUGCCGUUCUCCAUAGUCGGCCGUGCUCAGAAAUGGACGCUUUCUCGUACCCUCCUCGUUACUGCAUUUGGAGCGGUUUUGCAUGUGCUGUCCACUUCACUGCUCGGCAUAACAGCAAUCACCAUAACAAACACUAUAGCAGGGGAGGAAACUGUUCACAAACUUGCAUCUUUGUUGCUCAUCGUUCUUGGUGGAAGCUAUAUCAUUUUAUAUCUCAAUGGUAAGGGUGGCCACAGCCAUUCUCACAACCAACCCAUGGAGAAAAUGGCCGUUGCCGGUCUUGUUCUUGUCCCUGCCUUGUCUCCUUGUGCAACUACUCUCCCGGUAUUUCUUGCCGUUGGGAACUCGUCAUCUAUGAUGGUUCUCGCCAUCAUAGUUUUAUUAUUCAGUCAGCAGUUACCACAAUCUGACAGCAUGACCACACUUUUUAUCAACUAUCUCCGCCUUUUCAGUCAAAGCAUCAACAACCACGUGGCAUCUCAAUUUGAUCACCAUCUUCCACGUCUUCGCGGACCCCACUUCAAACACAACCCCCUCCUCAACCUUCACCACCAACGGCACCCUCUGCCUCCGCUCCGCGCUUCUCAACGCCGCCAAAAAGGCCGCGUUACCGCCGCCCAAUUCCACGCCGGAACCCGCCAGCGUCACCCGCACCACCGCCACGCUCCUCCUCGGCUGGUAGAACGCCGCCAUUCUGCCGCCGCUCAGCUCGACCCCUCCGCACGAGACUCCGGCGGCCCCGUCUAUAUUCCGACCCUGCCGUUGGGGUUCUCCGCGCGGAUGCUGACGGUGAUUUCCGGCGAGAUGGGCUCGGAGGUUGACGUCAGGUUAUUCAGGCCGCGGAUCGCGAGUGCAAGCACGGUGUACUCCGGCGACUUGAAAUCGAAGGCGAGGUACAUUGCGGCGGCGGUGGAGGCGGAGAGGACGGCGGCGAGAGAGACGAGGCUGAGAGCGAGGAGGCAGCAGAAGCUCCGGCGGCGGCGGCGGGAGAGGGUCUCCGGCGUCAUUGUGGUGGCUUGUUCUUGUAUGCGGGUGAGGGCCGCCAUCCUCUUGGCGAUUUCCGGUGGGUAG